AUGCAAUAGGAAUUAGCAGAGCUGAAAGGUUUGAUAAUGUAGACUUUGGAAGCCAAUGGUUAAUUGGCAAAAAUAAGAGCAUCGAUUAGAGCUUCAGUUUUUAAUGUGGUUGAUUCCCACGACAAUAAUGAAAAAAUCUCUCCAUUUUUUAGCGAAAAUAAAAAAGUUCAGUCAAUAAAAGAAUUAGAAACAGGUAGAGAGUUGCUUGAACUUAUAAAAGAAUUUCUUAAAUUUUAUGAAAUGAGUUACACAAAUUCUAUUUUCUCAAGCGAAGCUAAUCUUAGGGAAGAAAUUAAUAGAGAUGCAAUAUCCAAAAGAUUACAAAUAAAUAUUGAGGACAAAAAUAAACCUCUGCUUCAUUUUGUAUUGGUUUAAGCCUAAAAAAAUUAAAAGUUGCAAUAAUCAUAAAGCACAAAAACAUUUGGAAGUAUUUUUUCAAGUCAAGAAAUGCUCUCCCCUUAAAAAAGUAUUUCAUCUUAAAUGUCCAAAAGUAAACCUUAGAUUGGUGUUUCAUAAUAAGAAUUUCUGAAGAAACAAAAGGAACAAUUCAAUCUAUUAUAGGAGUAAGAAAAUAAAAAGAGAUAAAAAGAAGUUUAGAAGAAGUAAAGAGAGGAACUCUAACUUCAAGAGGAAAUUAAGAUUUAAAAAUUAAAUAGACAAAAAGAUGAGAAUUAAUUGUAGGAGGAUAGGCUCAAACUUGAAAAGUAAAAAUUGGAAUAGAUUAAAAUGAAUUAAGAAUUACAAUAAAAGAGUUUAGAAAUUGAACUUCAAAGGUAAGCACAAUUAAAUUAGGAAUCUGAAUUAAAGUAAUAACAAUUAGACUUACAAAAAAAAUUAAUUGAAUAAUAGCAAUUAGCUUAAGAAAUUUAAGAAAAUAAAUUAAGUUAAUAAUUUAAAGAAAAACAAUAGGAAGAGCAAUAAAAAUUAAUAGGUAUAGAGCAAAACGUUAAAGAAACUGACCUAAAAUUAAAUACCAUUCUUUAAGAGAAAACUAAAAUAUCUGAUGAACUAUAAUUAAUCAAAGAAUAAAUCUUGGGAGAAAAGAAUAAGCUAUUUCAAUUGACAGAAUAAAUUUAAUUAGAAGAAAGUAAUUUACAAAAACUACAAUAACAACUAAUUGUUUAAUAAGAAAAUAAAUAGAAAAUUGAAAACGAAUAGAAUAGUCUCAAGUAAGAGGUAAUAAAAUUUUAAGAUGAAAAAAAGACAAUUUAAGAUUAAAUUGAUCAAUUAAAAUAAUAGUUAAAAGAAGAAGAAUAAAAUUUAGAGAGUUUUAAAUAAAAUAAAGCUUAAGAGAUUUAAGGCUUAGAAGAAAAGUUCAAAUAGUUUUAAUUUGAUAAUAAUGAAUUAGAUAAAAAGUUAGCUUAAUUAAAUAUCCAAAAAAAAGAGUUAUAGUCAUAAUUAGAACAAUAAAAUAAAUUAAAAAUAGAAAUUUCAGGAGAAUAAGAAAAAUUUGAAAUUGAAAAAGGAGAAAUAUCGAAAUAAAUUUAGGAAUUAUAAAAGGAAAUUAAAAAUUUAAUUGAAGGCAGAGAUUAUUUAUUAAAUUAAAUAGAUGAUCUUAAUAAUAAAUUGAAUGUUGCAAAUAAUGAAAUAGAUUUUUACAAGAAUUAAAUACUAUCAGGGUAAUAAGUAGAAGUGGAAAAUUUUUUAUCUACAUUAAAAUAAGGAGGUAGCGAAGUAGAAGCAAAAGCAACAAUAGACCAGAAUUUAGAAACUGUGUCCGUGAAUACUAUAUAUGAUGAUAAUCAAAAAGUAGAGUAUGAUUAUGAUGAACCGUUUGAUUCUUGA